AUCAUUCGUUUGUUCAUCUAUCUGUAUAAAUUUCUGUUUACAAGCGUGCGUUGCGUGCGUCUGCUACCUGCGGCAGGUGCGACUGCGACUACGGGCCUGCGGAGCGAGCUGCGGUCAACAAAGCAUGAUUUAAGGCUAUUUGAGUCAUAGCUUGAUUUUCCGAACACUAAACAUGGAGGUACCUGUGCUAGCUACCGCCGCUCGUUUCACGGGCAUCGUCCACACACUAGGGGUACCCGCACGUUUUCGUGCGCUGCUGAGAUACGCGUGGACCUCUCCCAGAAGGUUUCAUUCGCAAGAACAGUCGCCGGCCGCUCAGAAGUCGCCCGGCUCCAAAGGCGCGGCCGUGUUUCCCAGGAAAGUCUUCUCCGGCAUUCAGCCGACCGGAGUGCCGCAUUUGGGCAACUACUUCGGCGCGAUCCGGCAGUGGACCGAGCUCCAAGACUCUGGCGUCGAGUGUGUCUUCAGCGUCGUGGACCUGCACUCCAUCACACGGCCGCACUACGAUCCCAAUGUGCUCAGAAAUAACAUUGAAGUGAUGACAGCCACCCUUCUGGCAUGUGGAAUUGAUCCCGAAAAGUCCCUGCUGUUCCUGCAGUCUCAGGUACCUGAACAUGGUCAGCUAUCGUGGAUUCUAAGUUGCCUACAUACUACAGCCCGGUUGCAACACUUUCCCCAAUACAAGGAGAAGACUGCCGGUCUGAAAGAGGUUCCGCUAGGGCUGUACCUGUACCCCGUGCUGCAAUGUGCAGACGUUCUGCUCUACAAGGCCACGGACGUACCUGUGGGCCACGACCAGUUGCCCCACAUUUACCUGGUUCAGGACGCCGCCGAGGCGUUCAACAAACGCUUCGGGACUGUCUUCCCUCGUCCCGAGCCAUUGCUGGUGUCGGGCGUGGCAUCGAGACUCCGUGACCUUCGCGAUCCGUCCAAGAAAAUGAGCAAAUCCGGGGACGACCCUCGGACCUUUGUGGCCCUGGAUGACCCUCCAGAGGUGGUGCGGUCCAAAUUCCGCAAGGCUCUGACGGACUGCACCUCGCGCGUCGCCUACGAACCGGACUCCCGGCCCGCGGUGGCCAACUUGGUAGCCAUGCACAGCCUGCUCACGGGGCAGAACCCCGAGGAGGUGUGCCUGGCAGCCAGUGACCUCGACACGGGACAGUUCAAAACUAGGCUCGCUGAGGCCGCAGUCUCCUUCCUGGCUCCCAUACAGGACAGAAUGCGAGCGCACCUGUCGGACCGUCAUCGCUUGUGGCGCCUGCUCGAAGAGGGCGCCCUCAAGGCACGGCAAAUGGCUGCCGAAACAUUGGGCGAAGCACUGGCUGCAUCGGGAAUGGCACCGCGUCGAGAGACCUCGCGCAUUUGGCAAGAACCGCACCUUGCACGAAGGGCUAACGAACGGUAAUAAAGAUAAUAAUAGUAA